AUGGGCCGUCAUCGAGCGCAGGCCCGGUUCGAUCGCGCGCAAUGGCGCUUGCGCUUCCUCAUUCCCCUCUGGAUCAUACAGCUCGUCCUCUCCAUCGCCAUAUUAGGCCUUUUUGCGACAACGUUACACGGCACUCUCAAGGGUUGGAAGGAUGGCAAGAAGAAGAACGAGGGGUUUCCCUUGCUCAUUGUUGUGUGGAAAUGCGCCAACCUCGUCCUCGGGGUGAUUAGUCCUGCCAUUGUCUUCUUCGAGGUCUUUCGAUACGUCCAGGAGACGUUGACGCCGCGCACCAUUCUCACCACCCAAUUCAUCACGUUUGGCUUCUCCGUCGCGGCCCUCGUCCUCAGCAUCCUCAUCCACAUCCAGAAUCGAGUGGCAGAUCGCGACUCGAUCGCGGGGCUCAUCCUAAGCUCAGCCGCCAUGCGCCUCGACGCACACCCUUCCGGCAUGACCCCGCCCACCGUAACGACAACCAUCUCCGUCACCUCGACGCCCACCGACGAGUACGGCGCCGGCCCACCCUUACCGCUACAGAGCCUCUCGCGGAGCCACUCGGUCUACAAUCACGAGCGCGACACCCAGUUCGAGGACUACGUCAACGCCAAGCGCAACUCGCAGCUCUCGUUCCGCGAACACGUCGACCACGCGUUCGGCGCCGACAUGGGCUGGAAUGUGGGCGCGUCGCCCACCACCCUCGCCGAUAGCCUCCACCUCAACCGCAAGGGUAGCGUCGUGAACGCGGGGACGUUUGCCGGGGCUCCCGCGGGGCACGUCGUUGUGGCGCGGGUGCCGAGUAGCUCGGCGCACUCGCUGGGCGCGGUGCCGGAGGAGGCGGAACACGAUGCGCCCGCUGCCGCCGCCGCCAUUCCGAGCAGGUCGACGACGACGACGACGAUGGCGACGAGAGUAGAGGACUAUGACGAGGAUGACGAGUCGGCUCGCAGGGGCUUCUCGCGGAGGAUAAGUACGGCCCCCGCAGGUGAAAACGGGCUAGGUCUGAAUUCAUGA